AUUCACCAUCCUAUUUACGCGCCAUGCCUGUUGCGCUCGUUUCCCAGCAUGCAUCGCGAAUUUACAUAGCCAUCUUGUCGGGAGGUGAAAUUUUUCGAUUUUCUGUUUCCGAAGUCUGCUAGUUAUAGUUAGCUAUAAACUUUAAUUUCAAACUGUUUUCGUGAUUGUUUUGUUAGUACGCCGGCAUCUAGUCGCCGAGUGUCGUGACACAUUAGGCGGCGUUUAAACGCGCUCGUUCAGGAUGUGUUUGAUACUCAUAUGUAGGUAGAGAAGUGAGAGGCAGCAGGGGGAGUGAACGCAGCCGAAUCUACGACAGCGGCCUUACACACACCGCCCUUACCGAGCUCUGAUCACCAGCAUAUGAGGAUAAAUUAAUAACCGACACGUCAUCUCGCACACACCGCUCGCGGAGGUUGUUUUCGUCCGCCGCGCGCGCGUCGAAAAUGCAACAGGAGAGAAGAGGAAGACGGAUGACGCACAAUCGUCGCAGAAAACUGUGAAAUUUGGGGCAACUGUUUGCUGUUUUGUCAAGUCAGCGGCGUCUUUAAGGUGUCUCAAAAAGCUGUUAAGCAUGUCUAGGAUGCCGGCCAAGAAGAAGAGUUGCUUUCAGAUCACGAGUGUGACUCAGGCUCAAGUCGCGGCCAACAACGCGACCGACGACACCGAGAGCCUGGAUGACCCGGAUGAGUCCCGGACAGAGGACGUGUCCUCCGAGAUAUUUGACAGGUCCAGGACUGAGGUAUGUGACAGGAGCUCCUCAGAGGAGGCUUUGAAUAAUGUGGGGGAUUCAGAGGGCCAGCCCCCCCAGAACGGCGGUUUUGGCCCGCGCAACUUGGGUCACCACCAGGGCAUCCAGGCCUCUGGGACUCAAACAGCGCAAGUCACUAGUUCAUCAAGCGCGACGACUAUAACCAGCUGCAGUUCUCGCUUCAGGGUCAUUAAGCUUGAUCACGGCACCGGAGAGCCCUUCAGGAGGGGCCGGUGGACCUGUAUGGAGUAUUAUGAGAAAGACCCCGAGGGCUCUGGGAUGAGCAGGACUGUGGAUAGUAUAAGGCACACCAAUGUGACCGAGCCCGGAGCGGAUAGAGACAGUGGGCUCGGGGCCACCGUCGGCUCCGUAAUGGCUCCUGAUGUAAAUUCAGACGGGUCGUGUUUCACCAGUCCGCCUCAUAAUCUAGAAUCGCACAGCUUCAACGUGGCCCUGGGGUCCGGGUCACCUGAGUCCUUUAGUAAUAAUAAGCCAGUGCCUCCGUCUGCUCAGCACAGUCUCCAUCCACCCGCUCACGAGGGAGGACACCCGGGUGCCCACCUUCAGAAAUCUCCCAGCAUCCCUCCUUCUCCUCAAGUGCAGCCGCUGCUUUAUCAACCCCAGCCUAUUACGCACCAACUGCAAAGCCAGCCGGCUCUGAUAUCAACCAGUCAGCCUGAUUACGGCCAGCGCAGCAUGCCCAUUACAGUCACCCAGACUCUCCCUGGGGUGAGCCUUUCCGUCGGACAUGUCGUCAGUCAGGGGUUGUCCCCUCUUCCGACCCCGGCCACAGGAGGGGUGCAGGUUCUGGGUACACUAGAAAUGUCUGGACUCCCUGGAGGUGUUCCCUUAGGGAACGCACCGGUGUCGCCUGUCCCAAAUCUGGCGCAGCAUCCUGUGGUGGGGCUGUUGAGCAGCGUCGCCCCUAUGCCCUCUAUUCUGCAGCAGCAGCAGCAACCGGUGGCACAAUACCAGGCCUCAGGAGUAAUGCAUGGUUUAUCGACAACUCCGCAAAGCACUCAGAGCUUGCCCGUAGCACCGGUGACGCUCGCAGUAGGAUCACCCAAUACCUCCGCACACAGUGGGACGGCAGCGGGCAUGGGCAUCAGCGUCUUCAGCCAGAUGGAUGAGAGUCGGAGGAUGUCUGAUGCGUCUGCGCAGGUUCACAGUAAAGACACGGUGAAGCCCUUAAUCACAGAAGGCCUGCAGUUGCCCAGUCCGGCUGUCAACAGUCUUUUCGGUAUACCCAUUCCCAUUGAUGGGGAGGACGACAGUGCCUCUGAAGCAAGUGUGGUUGCCAUUGAUAAUAAAAUAGAACAAGCAAUGGAUUUAGUGAAAAGCCAUCUGAUGUAUGCUGUGCGGGAGGAGGUGGAGGUGUUGAAGGAGCAUAUCAAGGAGCUCUACGAGAGGAACUCUGUGCUGGAGCGAGAGAACGCAGUGCUCAAGUCUCUAGCCAACAACGAUCAGCUCUCUCAGCUCACCGUCCAAUCCAGCUCCAGCGCUCCCGUCCCGGGCCAAGCCCAGCCUCAGCCUUACCUUCAGCUGGACUCCAACCAGAGCGCAGACUCCCUGCCACGACAGCCGCAGCCCAGCGUCACCUCCGCCUGAAGCCUUUGCAUCACCGCAGCAGCAGAAACCCAUCUCGCUCCCUCGGACCACGGUCGCCCCUUUGCCCCGCCCCGGACCGGACCAGCUGGACAAAUUGUGAAGAGUUAUUUUUUUAAUAAAGAGAAUCCAGCCAUGAAAGAGGUGUAUUUUUUUAGCAUUGCAGUUUUCAAAGCGAGAAGUCUAUUUUCAGAGCCACCGUACUUCGUGUGAUUUCGAUUCACCCGUCAAUUCAAUUGUACUCUUUAUUUAUUAUAGGGCUGCUAUUUUCCCAGAGGAACAAUGUCACCGAACCCUUCGCUCCGACAGCGAGCGGCAGUCUUACAGUAUCGAUCAUCAUUGCAAGCGUAAACCGUGACCGAGUAGCAGUGGGUAGAGUUUAAACACUAACAGCGGCGUUUCUCUGUGGAUUAAGAAUGUGAACCUGGUGUGAAUGUACAUUGUGUAUAGUGUAAAGAUAAAAAGAGCGUAACAAGUUUGUACAGGUUUGUGGGCGAAGAUCUAAACUGAAUCCUCAAUGGUCUACCCUGAUGAAGAAAGCUUGUAGGAUGUUGGAAAAAGAAGUCAGUUGCCAUAUUGCCCUGAUGUCUCGUAGGUUUUUGGGGUCGGGAAGGGGAUUGAAAAGACAAAAAAACUGUGAAGUUCAACCUACUUUGUAACCAAAGAUUCAAAGCUGUCUUUCUUUUUUUUUUUUUGUUUGUUUGUUUGUUUG